AUGGCAGACCCCAAGCGUGGAAACUACGAAGACAUUAACCAGAAACUCUGGUAUCGAAAGUUCAUCCGAGGUAUCAAUCCUCAAGGAGGCCAACCAUACCCUGAUCAAGACACCCCUGCAACGGAGGAACAGCUCAAAGAUGACUUUGUUGAUUACUGGGGUAGCCGCCUCAAGACUGAUGAAGCCUUUCGAAAGCACAACACUUACAACGAGUUAAUGUCACAGUUUUGGGAGGAUGACGAUAUCAUCUUGCAGACAUAUGCUGUCGCAGAUGGCCAAACCGUCCCUAGAAACAAGCAGAAGGAAUGGUUCAGAUCAGAACUUCGCUUCAUCUCAGUCAUCUUUCCUGCUGAUGCAAAUCAUAAGAAGGGGGACAAGGCACCAAUUGCUUCGGUGUCAUGGGCGCCUUGGUUUGUUCUCAUCGCAGCCUCCUCUGCCAUUCAUUCAGAGAAAGACAUUCUGCACAUCAUGAGUUGGUCGCGCGAAGACGGGCAGUUUAGAUACUACGCCCGCGACCUCAUCAUGAAUGGGGAAGCCACGGGGCAGCAUGGUUGGGUUUAUCUGUGCUCCUCAACGGAUGCUUUCGACGCUCCGGGCAAAGCGUACCUCGGUCCUCUGAAUGGCCAUGUGAAUGGAGGUAUUGUGAUGAAAGAGAUCCACAAACCAUGGAUGCACUGGCUCGUCGGUGGCCGAGGAGUAACUGAUCUUCUUGACUUUGGACUCGCGAACGAGCUUAUGGAGGCCCCAUGGCUCACCCAUCCUGGAUUCCCUCCCCUCUACGGAGCAAGUGUUCAAUCCGGUGAAACUUUCGAAAGAAUCGUGCUAGACUCACUCAGAGUAUGGUUUACUAGCCGACGACACAAGGACUUUAUGACUGCCAGUGGGGAGACGGAAGAGCGCCCGCGUAACAUCCAGCGCUGGGCAGCUCACUUCUUCUUAACGACGAACAUCAACAUUGCUGCCACUUCAAACAACGCGAAUAUUGUACCAUCGGAUCAUUUCUUUAGUUAUGAGAUGCUCAGAGGGUACAGUGAUCUUUUGCCGAAUAGGAACAUGUACGACAAGAAGUGGCUAGCAGCUCACGUACUGCCCGAAACACCCGCUUCUCUAACAGCCUGGAAUGAGGAACAGUUCGGAAGCGCCAAGCACAAGUACUACACCCAAGAAAAGUGGUUCCAAAAGUAUUCUAUUGCAUCAUUUGGUUACGAUGGACCCUCUUAUCUUUGGGCAUCUCGCGAACUUAAGCUAUGUACCCUUCAAGAGGUAGCCAAUGAGAAAGACGCUCAGCUCGUUGUCCCAAAGAAUGUCCUUGCCGGUGGCAUCAUGAUGGGAACCCUGGAAGACGGUGCAGAAGAUAUUCGUGGAGGGGAUCAAACAAACUUUGCUGUUCAACAAUGGGGCGAGGGUGAUAACCCCUGGGUCAUUCUUCAAAGCUCUGUCGAUGAUGCGCACGGUGUGUGGAUGGCGCAGAGGAUGUUCCUGGGUGACGAUAAGAAUGCAGCACGAUGUCAGCUCUUUUCGGAGAAGACCUUCAACGCUCUGCAGAUGGUGGACUUCUGGAAUCCAAUCUACUCGUGGAGACGCCUUAAGUUGAUGCAGUACAUCCCUGUUGCAGCUCAACUCGUCGAUACGCCUACGAAGGACCCAGUCACAGGCGAAGACGUUUACACAUACGAUCUCGAGCAAAACUUCAUCGAUGCUGUAAAGAAGAGAAUGAGCGGAAAGGGCGAUCUCAAGAAACUUCAAGAUCGAUGGCCAGAGGCUGAGUUUCUUCUGAAUUUGGAGAAGCCACUUAUCGAGCAUCAGAUACGCAUUUCUAACUACACCAACCAAGUCGCACAGAACCUAGGCGACGCCACAUGGAUUCUAAAUUAUCUCAAGCUCGCUGAAUCCCGCCGCAGGAUGUUCCGCCCCAUGCCGAUGAACUUCUUUGGAAGUAACAUCCCAUACUGUUUAGCAAUGCCACUUGGCCACCCAUGGCUAGAGAUGACAGAACAAGCGUCUGUACGACCGAUCCCAAAGAGAGGUGUUGAUGUUUUGAAGGGUUGGUUGGAAUCGCUGGCUGGUGCCGAUCCGAACGUAAUUCCUCAGAAGCAGACUCUGAAGGAGAUCAAUAAGAUGAUCAAGGAAAACGUGAAGCAGGAUACUGUUGGGUUGCCUGUUAACUUGCUGCCGAGGCCAUCGACAAUGAGAAUGGCUUGUCAGAGGUUCAUUGCGGUGACGAAUCCCGAGACUUCAGAACGACCUCAUAGUUGCCCCUUCAUGGCGGGAGAGCACCUGGCUUCGGCCCAUACAGCGGUUGAGGCUUGAGUCUUG